AUGCUCAAUCAAAUGCGUGGAUUACUGCCGCCCUCUUUAAAGACUGGUUUUUUUCACCACUUUGUGCCUGAGGUCAAGGAAUACUUCAAAAGCCUUGGUCUACCAGAAGAUACUAAAGCCAUCCUUCUUUUGGAAAAUUGCAAAGCCCAUCCGCCAGUAGAUGAGUUAGUUUCUGGAAAUAUUGUUGCUACUCUGCUUCCACCUAAAGUAACAUCUUUGAUUCAACCCAUGGACCAAGGGUUUACAGUAAAAGAUGCCGUCUAUGCUAUUGCACAGUCUUGGAACCAGGUAAAAAAUACAACACUCCAAAAAUGCUGGAGAAAACUUUGGCCAGCUGCAAACCCUGCAUCUGACCUAACUCUACAGACUGAUGAGGAAGAAAACCAUCAAGACGCUCUGACCAAAGUUUUGGAUGUCGUUAGAAGUACUGACAAUCCCUUGAAAAACCUGCCUGAAGAUGAGGUAGAGGAGUGGCUUUUAAUCGACGAGAAUGAGCCUGUUGAACAAGAACUAACCGAUAAGGACAUUAUCAACACUGUAGUAAACCCUCAGCCUACUCAAAAUCUUGAAGAAAAUGACUCAGAUGCCGAAACGGAAGAAAAGGAAAAAAUCAGCUGGGCAGAAGCUGCAGAAUCACUAAAUAAGUUUAUCUCUUUUGCCGAGGAGUCUAGGAAACCACAGGAACUGGUUCUGAGGACCAGUUGCAAUCCGCUGACUACAGACUGA